AUGGUGGAAGCUUUGGUGACCUUUAUCCUUCAGAAAUGGUCCGAUCAACUUCUGCACCAGCCACUACUUCUAUAUGGAGUCAUAGAAAACGUCGAGUGGAUUCAUGGAGAGCUUCAAUAUCUGAAACCUUUCCUCAACGAUAGGGAAAGAGAGGAGCCAGUGGCUUCAUGGGUUCAAUUACUCAAAUGGUUAGUUUUUGAAUCAGAAGAUGCUAUUGAUGAGUUCAUGGCCAAAACAGAGUUGCAGAGCUGCAUUGACAAUGGUAGAAUCCUGUGUUCUAUGGAGGCCAUGAACUUCAAUUCCCAGCAACAAUUAAGUAAUCGAUUCAUGAGGGUCCGAAGAGAAUUGGAAGAAGUUCACAAAGGAAUCAAUGUAUGUGGACUUAAGGCUUCCACCAGAAAAACGAAAAUUCCGUUCUUCUCGUCUCGUCUCCCUGGAGAAUUUGAUUUGGUGGGGCGUGGAAGGGACUUGAAGCAGGUGGAGGAAUGGUUACUCGGAGGAGAGGGGCAGCAACUUGUUAUGAUUUCAUUGGUUGGGGUGGCUGGUUCAGGAAAAACUAGACUAGCGAAGAAAGCUUACCAGUUCAUGGAGAGACACUUCGAUUGCUUUGCUUGGGUUUUUGUCUCUGAGUCUGUCAACAUUAAGGAUCUCUUGCAAAAAAUCCUUCAAGCACUCUACAAAAGCAGAGAAGAGAAGGCUCCGGACGGCAUCGAAUCCAUGAAAGUGGAAAAGCUACAGGGAGCAAUUCUGAACUACUUGCAGGGGAAGAGGUAUGGACUAGUCCUUGAUGAUAUUUGGGAAGUUGGUGUUUGGGAAGAAUUAAAAUCUGCAUUCCCUCUUGAGGGUAAUGGGAGGAUAAUCUUCACCACCAUUAAUGCUUCUAUAAAUUUAGAUAAAGAAGUGUUCCAUGUUCAUAUGCUCAAGACUCUAUCUAACAGUCCUGCUUUGGAGCUCUUCUGUAAGAAAUCAUUUAAUGGAGAAUGCCCAAAAUACUUGAAGGAAUUAGCCAUUGAUAUGGUGACACAUUGCCAUGGAUUGCCCCUUGCAGUGGUGGCCUUGGGAGGGCUAAUGGCAAGAAUGGGUACUGAUCAAACAGAUUGGAAAACUGUCCUUGAAGAUCUCAAUGGUGCUCAAAAUUUAGUUGGGUCAGUGAAUCAAGUGUUGCUCACAUGUUACAACUUCUUAGGCCCUCACCUUAAGUAUUGUUUUUUGUAUUGUUCUCUGUUCCCUAAGGGCUAUGAGAUCACGAGGAACACAUUCAUUAAGUUGUUUGUAGGUGAAGGAUUCGUAGAGGAACUACCUGGGAAGACACCGGAGGAUGUCGCCGGUGAUUACUUUGUGGAGCUCGCCGAUAGGGGCAUGCUCGAGCCCAUAAUGUAUUACUAUGAUUCCAAUCUGCGAAGAUGCAGAAUGCAUGAUAUAGUCCAUGACUUCGCCAAUCAAAUGCUUGAGAAGGAAGACUUUGGAGUGAUUCAUAGCCCAAAAAUCACAAAGUUUUCCAAAUGGGUUCGGCGAGUAGGAGUUCAUAAUGACACCAUUGGUGCUCUGACUGAGCUUAGCAAGUUCAAUCUUCGAUCCUUGAUCAUGACUGGUAUUCAUCAACUCCCUUCCUACAUGAGUGAAGGGAUAUUGAGUCAUAAAUUACUGAGAGUGCUAGUUUUGGAAGAUGUAACCAUUGAUACAUUGCCUGAAGAGGUUGGUAAUCUCAUUCAUCUACGCUAUUUGAGCAUUGUCAAAUCAGGAAUCAAAGCUCUCCCUGCUUCAAUAGGAAAGCUGCAGAAUCUACUAUCUUUGUUAGCUGAGAAGACCAAGGUAACAAGCUUACCAGCUGAAAUUGCGUUGCUACAGAAACUGCGGCAUAUUGUGGUUGGUGAUUAUGCGAAAAGGGUUGUGCCGGUGCCGAAUGGGAUUAAAAAUCUAAGCAAUCUGCAAAUACUAUUUGGGGUGAAGAUUGAUUUCAGUUUCAUGGAUGAGUUGUGCUCUUUAACUCAACUCAGGAAAUUGGAUGUGGGAGAGGUGAAAGAUGGAGAUGAGCUUGCAAAACUAUGCAAUUCAGUUCAGAAAAUGCAAUGCCUUCGUCACCUAGCUAUCCGUAUGUCCUCUAGUGUUGUGGAAGACAGAAGCAAACAUCAAGAAUUAAGGAUUUUGUUGCCUCCACCUUGCCUUGAAGAUCUGUAUUUCAAUGGGAGUUUGAAGGAGGUACCCAAAUGGGUGGCUUCCCUUAACACCAUCCGCAUGGUUCAGCUUGUUGGAGCUAAAUUAAUGGAGGAUCCAUUCAGCAUUUUUUGUCAGUUACCCAAUCUGGUAUACUUGGGUCUAGAGGAAGCUUAUAUGGGGACAAAGUUGGGUUGCAGUGCAAGAGCAUUUCCUAAGCUUAGGAGCUUGGAUUUAGCAAAAAUGGAGAGGGUGGAAGAGUGGAGUGAUAUCAAGGAGGGGUCAUUUCAGAAAUUGGAAUACCUUACAAUUGGUGGUUGCAAGAAAUUGAAGAGGCUUCCUCAAGGGUUUCAAGAACUUAAAGCCCUUCAAAGGUUGCUGUUAGUAAACAUGCCAGAGGAAUUUGUUAGGAGGGUGAGCAUUGGAGGGGAGGACCAUUUGAUGGUUCAGCAGGUUCCAAGAAUUCUUGUUUCACACAAGUAUGAUGAUAAAAUGAAACUGUUCUGUUCAUGA